ACUACAGCGGGUUUCGCAUGUUAUCAUGCAUUUCUUUGCCCUCUUUUUUUUUUUACUACGCGAUAGCAGCCCGAUUGAUCUUCACUGACAGGUCUGAAAUCCACCCCUUCGCAGUUCGAAGUAGCUAGAGGAAAUACGGCUAGCAUAAAGGCUAGCGUGUUGUGAAGGUUUUUGAAGUCUCCCGAGCCAUGCUUUUCCUCAGAAUCUUGCCUCUGCUUUUGCUGCAAGUCAUAUGUGGGAAAGCAGACCUGCAGGAUGAGAUACUUGCCGAUUUCUCUGUGAAGCUGUACCGCCAACUGCAGUCAGUGGGAAACGAAGAAAACAUCAUCUAUUCUCCUGUCAGCAUUGUGGUAGCUUUAGGAAUGGUAGAGCUUGGGGCCCGUGGUCCGGCUUUGAAAGAAAUCAGACAAGCAGUGGGAUAUGGAAACCUAAAAGUGGGAGAGGAGCUUCUCAUCUUGAAGAACCUGACUUGGGCCCUGGAGGCUGAUGAGACCCAGUAUGUCCUGAAACUGGCAAAUUCUCUCUUUCUUCAGACCGGAAUCCACUUCAACGAAGACUUCCUGCAAAAGAUGAAGAAAUAUUUCAAAGCAGAAAUCGAAACGGUGGACUUCAGUCAGUCCACUGCUGUGGCCAAUCACAUUAACCAAUGGGUAGAAAACCACACAGAGAACAAGAUUCACGAUCUUCUGUCAGCAGACGAUUUCAACAGUGCGACUAGGCUCACGCUUAUCAACGCCAUCUAUUUUCGAGGAAAUUGGAAAAACCAGUUUCGACCAGAGCACACCCGCACUUUCUCUUUCACAAAGGACGAUGGCAAUGAAGUCCAAACGCUCAUGAUGUACCAACAGGGGGAUUUUUACUAUGGUGAGUUUAGUGAUGGAACGUCAGAGGCCGGAGGGGUUUAUCAGGUGUUGGAAAUGCCAUACGAGGGAGAGGAGAUGAGCAUGAUGAUUGUUCUUCCCCGGCAAGAAGUGCCUUUAGCAGCACUGGAGCCAAUUAUUAAAGCUCAGCUGAUUGAGGAAUGGGCAGCGGCAGUGAAAAAGCAGAAGGUAGAGGUAUACUUGCCACGGUUCAAAAUAGAGCAGAAGAUUGACCUGAAGGAAACCCUCCAAGAUCUUGGCAUUAAAAAUAUUUUUACUAAAGAUGCAGAUCUUUCAGCUAUGACUGGCGAGAAAGAUCUUUUCAUUGGAAAAGCUGUUCAAAAGGCAUUUCUCGAAGUCACGGAAGAAGGAGCUGAAGGAGCUGCUGGUACAGGGAUGAUUGCUCUUACAAGAACCCUCGUGCUUUACCCACAAGUGAUGGCUGAUCACCCAUUCUUCUUCAUUGUCAGGGCCAGAAAGACAGGAACAAUUCUUUUUAUGGGAAGAGUGAUGAAUCCGGAGGUUAUUGACAGCAAUGACCGUGACUUUGAUGCAUUGUAAUUCUAUUUAUUCUGACAGUGUACAGGCACUUCGUAAAUAAAUUUACUGUUCCAUUGUUGCUGUGUUUUAUAACGUUAUUAAAAUAGUUGCAGUAUUUUGAUACUUCAAGCUAUGUAACUACCAGGCACAAGUAAAUUGAAUAAAAAAGAUUAAUGCUGUCCCUGGAAAGUUUAUGCCACUACCCUUUUACUCCCAAGAGACCAUCCAGUAUAUCCUAAAGCUCCACGCACUGUAACUGUCCAGUGGCCUUACUGUACCAUACAUGGGCAUAAAUGUGUGAAUUUAUUUGAAAUUAUGAAAGUAUGUUUACCAUACAUUUGCUGUUGUGUUUUGUAUGAAAUUAGAUAUUUAUUGUAAAAUGUGUAGUACUGGAUUUAAAUUGCUGAACAAUUUAACAGUUUUAGUUUCAACUAAUGAAAGGUGAGAUUAUUUCAACUAAUACACUAAUAAGAACCUGCCUUAUUCAAAAUUAUCUUAUAAUGUGCAUGUGUACGUUUCACAACUGAGGUGUAGCUGAAUCAGGGGAGGCUAUAUUGUAGAUUCCGCAAAUAAAAGGUCUGAAUAUGGUGUGCGGUGUACAAAGAGAAAUAUACUGUAUAUGCUGUUCCAACUCUUUGCACAAAUAAAAAUUAAAGUUAAAGUUCCA